AUGGGAUGGGGGCGGGGUGGGAAAUUUUUUUUCUUAUUUUUAAAGAUUCUUAUUGGAUUUCCCAAAGACGACCCGAUAUUAGAAAAUUUAAUUCAAGCAUCGGAAAAACUCGGUUACGAAUGUACGACGUGCAAUUGCCCAGAGACCAUCGUUGACGUUUACUCACAAGUCGGCCAUGACAUUGUUAUUCUCGAUAAUCGAAACGUUAAAUAUUUAGAUGCUCCCGCAAUUUGUAGGAAAAUAAGAAGGUCAAAAUGGAACAGAAAAUCCGUAGUGGUAGCCAUUGUAAAAAAAAGUUAUUUCGAAGAUUCGUACUGUUUGCCACUUCUAAAUGCAGGAUUCAAUAGGUGUUUAAUAGAAACGCCAAACGUUGGAAUUUUAAUAAACGAACUCACAGAAAUUGAACAUGGCGAAGUGAGGCCAAGAAUUUCAGUCACAAAUGCAAAUGCAUUAUAUAUAGCAUUGUCAAAGUGUAAGGAUCUCAUUCAAGUCACGGAUGAUUCAUUCAAUUUAUUAUUCGUUAAUAAAGCAACGGAAAAUUUUUUGGGUAUUAAAAAUGAGGAUGUUAAAGGGAAACCCAUAUCGGAAAUACAUCAGACGACGGAUCAUCAUAAUCAAAUGACUUAUUUACUAAGUAGAGGAAAAGAAUGGGAAGGUUCCGUGACGUGUAUUAGAAAAACUGGUGAACCUAUACCUUUAAUUUGCAGAGUCGUGAGUUCAUCUCUUAAUAGCAGGUACCUUAAGAUAAUUAUAGAAGUAAUUUUUCCCCCAAACAUAACGAAUUAUAUAUUUAUCGAAGAGCAACCCGUGUCGGAAACGGGUAUCACAUUUAAAGAUCAACCACCCAGAGGUAGUCUUCAUUCAAUACGUAAAGGAUCAUACGAUGUCAAAUCUCUUGCAAGUGAUAGCGGACAAUCUAUAAGACGACAAAGUCUUGCCAAACUUAAUUCACUUCCAAUCGAAGCUCCGAUAACUAAAAUCAUAACACUUUUAUAUUCCGUACACGAACAAUCGUCCGGACAUGUUCAAUUACAGAUAGAAAAAGUUUUAGACAUACUCAGAUCGACAGAAUUAUAUUCACCACAGCUCAAAGAAAAUAGAAUUCGUAUGGAUGAUCCUAUAACGGCUGAUCUCAUAAGCGCAUUACUAUCCCAAGGCAAUGCUGCGACGUCAACAACGCGAAGAAGUUCAAACGAUUCGGCCAAUAUAAAAGGUUCCGGUACUUCUAGGCCAUCUUUACCGUCUAUUAAUGCACCCGGUCAAUUAUCGUCAGUUUUAGAACAAUCUCUCGAUUGGGAAUUCGAUAUAUUUAAACUCGAAGAAUUAUCGAAUCAAAGACCGUUGGUUUGGCUCGGAAUGAAUCUUUUGUGUCAUUUCAACGUCCAAGACACUCUCGGAUGCGAGGAAAAAACUUUAAUGAAUUGGUUAACCGUUGUAGAAAUGCAUUAUCAUUCUAUAAACACUUAUCAUAAUUCUACUCAUGCUGCUGACGUCAUGCAAGCAUCAGCAUGUUAUUUGAAAAGGGAAAAACUAUCAGAAUUGUUGGAUCCUUUAGACAUGGCGUGCGUUUUGAUAGCCGCUUGCUGUCACGAUAUCGAUCAUCCAGGAAAAUCCAGCAUAUUUUUAUGUAAUUCAAAUCACGAUCUUGCCAUAUUGUAUAACGAUCAAUCCGUUUUAGAAUCCCAUCACGCGGCUAUGACGUUUAAAUUGACAUUAGCUGACGAUCGAGUUAAUAUAUUUAAAGGUUUAGAAAGAGACACGUAUAAAGUUGCUCGACAAAGUAUAAUCGAUAUGAUAUUAGCGACGGAAAUGACGAGACAUUUUGAACAUUUGGCAAAAUUCGUUAACGUAUUUACAAAACCUGAUCCGAAAGAAGAAAAUGGGGGGGGAUCCGUGGGUGAUUUAUUAGACGUGGGAAAUUUUCAAACUCAGGAAAAUAUCGCUUUGGCGAAACGAAUGUUGAUCAAAUGUGCUGACGUGUCGAAUCCAACGAGACCAUUAAAACAAUGCGUUGAAUGGGCAAAAAGAAUUGCAGAAGAAUAUUUCAACCAGACGGAUGAAGAGAAAGCAAACGGACUUCCGGUUGUUAUGCCAAUGUUCGAUAGAUCGAGUUGCUCAAUACCAAAGUCUCAAAUCGGUUUUGUUGAUUUUAUUAUAAACGACAUGAUGGAAGCUUGGGAUUCAUUCAUUGAACUUCCAGAAAUUUUAUAUUAUUUACGUAGCAAUUAUCAAUACUGGAAAGAAAAGGAAGAACAAGGGGUUACGAGUAUAAACGAAUUAUAUCCAUUUAAUAAUAAUAGAAUCGAAUUACUUAAAGAAUUAGACGAAUCAAAGGCUGAUUAA